AUGAUGAGAGAUCAUUACAUUAAGAAUUCUUCUUUCUCUUUGCUCUAUGUUUUGUUCAUUGGAAGCCUUCUUCUUCUUUGCAAAGUAUCUUUGGCUGCGGCAGCCGCCGGUAACCGGAAAGAGCAGGAGAGAGAUAGGAUCAUCAAGCUACCAGGGCAGCCACCCAAAGUGAACUUCUCUCAAUACUCAGGCUACAUUACUGUUGAUCCAAAGGCGGGCCGGGCACUGUUUUAUUGGUUGAUCCAGGUCCCUGUUAAGAGUCAGCCUGCAUCAAAGCCAUUGGUUUUGUGGCUCAAUGGUGGGCCUGGCUGUUCAUCUGUGGCUUAUGGGGCCUCCGAGGAAGUGGGUCCCUUUCGAGUACGAUCAAAUGGGAAAACUCUACAUUUGAAUCCAUACGCUUGGAAUCGAGAGGCUAAUUUGCUAUUCCUUGACUCACCGGCCGGCGUCGGAUUUUCUUAUUCAAAUACAUCGUCCGAUAUAUACACGGUUGGUGACAAGAGGACAGCUGCAGAUGCUUACACAUUUCUCAUCAAAUGGUUGGAGAGGUUCCCCAAUUACAAGCACAGGCCUUUCUAUAUUGCUGGAGAAAGCUAUGCAGGUCAUUACAUUCCUGAGCUAUCUCAACUUAUCGUCCGCCGCAACAAAGGAGUCAAGCAUCCCAUCCUUAACUUCAAAGGUUUUUUGUUGGGAAAUCCUCUACUGGAUGAUUAUUAUGACAACAUGGGGUCAUACGAGUACUGGUGGAACCAUGGUUUGAUAUCAGAUUCUACAUACGAUGACCUAAAAAAGUCAUGUUCAAAUGACACAUUCUUAUUCCCAAAAGAUGGAUGUAACAGAGCUCUAAGUAGUGCUUAUGAGGAAUUUGGAGACAUCAAUCCUUACAACAUCUAUGGCCCUCCAUGCAAUGGAACUGCCACUCUUAAGCGUAAUUUAGGUCAACUGCCAUUGCCAUGGAGAUACAGAGGAAACGAUCAAUGUGUAGUAAUGUAUACGAAAAGAUAUAUGAACAAUCGACGGGUGCAGAAGGCUCUUCAUGCAAAUGUUACUCACCUUCGUUAUCCUUGGGCUACUUGCAGCUCUGCUAUUAGGAGAAACUGGACUGAUUCUCCAAAAUCCAUGCUUCCUAUAAUCAAAAGGCUUAUUGCAUCUGGCAUUAGAAUUUGGAUUUUCAGUGGAGAUACAGAUGCUGUUUUGCCUUUGACUGCAACCAGAUAUUCCAUUAAAGCACUGAAGCUCCAAACCAACAUCAGCUGGUAUGCUUGGAUAGAUGAUGAAGCAGAGGUUGGUGGAUGGACAGAAGUCUACAAUGGUUUGACCUAUGUGACAGUGAGGGGUGCGGGCCAUGAAGUCCCUUUGACACAGCCUCAACGUGCCUUGGUUUUGUUUAGGUACUUCUUGAUGAAUUUGCCCUUACCAGGAUCUCUUUUCGAUUAGGAAUUAGGGU